AUGGAUCCAACUACUGGCUCUAGGAGAACAUCCCCUCCUCUUCAUCCUGAUGGUGCUCCCUCAACUUCUCCUCCUUCCUUUACCUUUGGUUCCCCCGCUAUAACACAGCCGUUUUCCCUCCCUGCUUCUUCUCUUCCGACAACCCCGUUCAGGUUUUCUGCCCCAUCAACAGCUGCCGCCAGUACAUUUACCUUUUCUUUUACUCCCUCUUCAACCGCAAGCGUUCCCUCAGGUCCCCCACCUACUGAGAGCCCUGGAACUUUUUCUGAGUCUACCCCUCCUGUUCUUACUCCGUCUUCUUCGCGAGAAUCAACCGUCUCAUCAACACGAGCCUUAUUCUCGAACCUGGAUCUGAGCACCAAUCCUAGCCAACGAAGUGCGAGUCCUCUUCUUCCAAGGAUUGACCAAAGUGGCAGCCACGCGUCUGGUGCUCUACCUUCUAGCCUCCAUGUAUCGACCUACCGGGAUCUAUACAACGCCACUCCAACUCCACAGCCAGACCCCCGCAGUGAGUCAAGCUCACCGACCGUUCGCGAUACCCGCGGGCCAGAUACUUCGCGUCUAGGCUCUGUCACCUCGGAUUUGAGUGGGUUGGUGAUUCAAAGCAUUGAGACAGCACGAGGUCAAGGGAGGGAAGCAGACAACGAGUCUGUUAACAGCCUCAUUGGCAACGACCACUUGGAAGGUGACGAUGAUACCUCCACAUACAACAUCCGCGAGGAAGCCCUUCCUAGAGCUCCGAUAUACGACGUCGGAUUGCAAAAUGCUUUAAGGGAGGUCAGAACUCAUCUCACUGAUCUCAAAUCAUCAAUGGCAAGGUUCCAUCUGGUACAUGACGAAUCUACGAGGGUACAUGAGCUAUACAAACAAGUCGAGUCGAUGAGCAGGUUUGAAUACCCAGAAACCCGCAUAGUUGGGUUUAUUGGAGACUCGGGCGUUGGCAAAAGCAGCCUCAUAAACUCUCUUCUUGACUGUGAUGGCUUGGCACGGACGAGUGCAAGUGGGGUUGCUUGUACUUCCGUUGUCACCGAGUUCAGACACAUAGACGAGAUGCACCGGAACCCAUUCACAGUGGAGGCAGAUUUUAUGAACAUGACAGAAAUGAAUGAUCUCCUUGAGGAGCUGCUCAGGGCAUACCGAAUGCACCAUACCAUUCACGAGGUCAAUGAUCGAGAGGACCCAGGGGAGAGGGACCGAAUAAGGUCGCUAUCUGCCCGUUCUUGGGAAACGUUAAAGUCACUCUUUCCAGACGAAGCAGAUAUGACUGAACAGUUCCUAUCGAGCGAGGCGCCCGGGGCACAGGAGAGGAUCCUUGGACGCCUCAAAGAAUGGGCGUUGGCUGGUUUGGACCACCGGCCUGGCGGUCCGAAUGCCCUCAACCUCACACUUACGGCAGAUAAUAUCCAUGAUUGCAAAGGAAAUCUCGAUGUCCUUACUGUCACUCCAGGACGUGACGGAGGGACGCCCGCAAUCUGGCCUUUCGUCAAAUUGAUCAGGGUGUACCUUGACUCGCCCAUUCUACGAACAGGCUUGGUUGUAGCAGAUUUACCAGGACUUCGAGACCUCAAUUACGCUCGUGAGCGAGCUACUACGGAAUAUCUUCGUUGCACGUGUGAGGAGAUCUUUGUAGUCAGCGAAAUCAGUCGAUGCACCUCGGACCCUUCAAUCAGAGAUACUAAAGAUAAACUCGUUCGACGCCAACAUCUGCGGAUAGUUUGUACAAAAUCUGAAUCUGAAGUGAACGUUGAAGAAUUCACCCGUGACCCGGAUAUGCCCAGGGAAGCAAAGGCAAAGGCCAGAGAGCUUCAAGAUCGGAUUAAAAGCACCAAGGCGUCCAUUGAUAGAUUGUCCUCUCUACGCCGUUCGAGUGGGAGACAAGGCCCGCACAUUGCCAUACGAGAAGUCGAGAUGGGAGACGAGCUAUACAGGCUUGAAUUCGAACUCGAGCAGCAUUUGAUAGAGGCGCGAAACACAUCCGUUACCACCGCCCUUUUAGAUCAAUAUCAGCAAGACGUCAAGGUGUACUGUGUAAGCAGUAAGCUGUACAGUGAUCAUCGUCGUGACUCCAGGGAGCAGACUCGCGAGUACAUCCAGCUCAGUGGAAUACCUGGACUGCGACAAUAUUGCCAAUCCGUCCCAGCCGAGGCUCAGUUGCGGGCAACAUCAGGCUUCCUCACCAAUCGUGUGCCUGGUCUUCUUUUGUCUCUAAACCAGUGGGUACUCGCCGGUGCAAAUCCUCUCACAGUGGAGAGGGCUGCAACCCUACGCCGGGUUUUGGACGAGGCUCAAAGAACGCUGCAAGCGCGCCUCGCCUCUCGCAAUUCAUGCGUUCAAGACCUAGAGCGCAGCCUUAAUAGACAGUUCACCAAUUUGAUCAUCCGUGGUAUACGUACUUCACAAGAAAGAUGGAUAACGGGAGCUAUUAGGGCUGGUCAAGACUGGGCAACAUUGUAUCAUUCAACAUAUUUCGCAUUUUGUCGAAAAUAUGGAACCCAUCAGCCCAAGGACCAGGUGCUACGAUAUUGGAACGAAGAAAUUCUCCAGGACGCGAAUGAUGACCUCGUCGCGAGCUGGAGUGCGCUGAAAACAUCGCUAUAUGAGCAGCACAAUGCUGCUGAGACUUUAGUUGUCGGGCUAUUCGCACAAGUUUGCGAGACACUUGAAGAUCAUGUCCAUCUCGCGCCCGAACAACUGGCAAAUCUCUUAGAAAGUAUGGAAGCGCAAAAGGGUAUUGUCCUUGAUGCCGUUCAGAGGGCAUUUGAUGAUCUUCUUCUGCAUACGGAGCGGAUCACUCAAGACGUUCUCGAUGGCCGUAACAGUACUUCUUACAUCAGAGAAAUUAUGCGCCCGGCGUACAACGCCUGCCAAGCUGACUCUGGAACCGACAGUGAUGCACGACGGAAGCGUAUUAUGGACCACCACAUUCGGACUUCUCAGAUUUUCGUCCAAUUCGCAAACAAUAUAAAGGCCGCCUACUUGGAUAUCAUGGGCACUGUUUUCUCCGAUUUACGGCUGAGACUAAGAGAAGAGGUGCAGAAUAUUGCCCAGAACUUGGGAGCCGCUAUUAUGGACGAAGACGAGAUACCAGAAACCGAACAGGCUCCCGAGCUUGCGACGAGGGUGAGGGCUGGAUUAUCGGGACUAGAAGUGCGCCUCAAUGAGGCGCAGUCGAUUCUUCAGGGCUUGCAGAAUGGCGGCGAGAGUUGA